AUGCGUUCUUUAAAAGAGUUGCACUGGAGCGUGUCUCGCUUUGGAAAUCCGGUUCUUGUGGUGGGUGGGUAUCGCUUCAGGCGGUCUGGUAAGCCCGUAGGCGCCCGUUACAAGUGGCUCUGCAUCAAGUCCGACGGCGGCUGUAAGUGCUACGCCAUCACGCUCCACAACCGCAUCAUCGCCAUGGGACAUGCUCACGAGCAUCAUUUCAAGAAGAGAAUACGUCAAAGUGCUGGCAAUCCUCCGGAAGUUACACCGACGCUGGGCUUGCCGUUUCCGUUCCCGUGUUUCCCGGGCCAGUUCCGCUACUGUUUAAGCAAGAGAGGGAAACCUGCGAUCGAGGUCGGCGCGCACAGAUUCUGUUUUAACGGACGCGCCGCCAGCGGUAAGGUGUGGUGGCGCUGCUCCCGCAACCCGCGCUGCAGGGCAGCCGUGCACACCUUCGGCCUCCGUGUGGUGCAGAUGAACAGCGCGCAUACGUGUGGAGUGCGCGCCACGCCACUCAGACCCAUGUUCUAA